GAAGGCAACUGCCAUAGAUCUAAAUAAUUGGAUUGCCAAAGCAGGCAUGGCUAAUGCGCACAUGGAAAGAAAAGAAUAGGAAGUGGCUGUUGCGCUUAAUAAGGAAGUAGAGGCAUUUUUGGGAAAGCUGGUCAUUGACAAGUCUGAUCAGAAAGAACAGCUAACUGCACAUCUGCACGCAACACUAGACCGCAUGGCAACCUGCUAUAAGGAGCUGGGUGAAGGGGAGAAGCAAUACAUUAAGAUUAAGAAAGCUAUCGCGGCUGUUCCCUUCUACCACGGAUGCACAUAUACGAUACUGCGUUUCCAUAACGAAACAGGCCGAUUUGAAGAGACCAUCUCUCUUGUGAAAGAAUUCACCGACGCAAAAGUUCCCGACAAAGAGUACAGUCAGCUAACUGAGUUCCUAUGGCAAUCGCCAACCGCGGAUGAGGAGGUGAUUGAGUACUUAGCCGACGCUGGCCAGGAGACGGGAAAUCUCAAGCUCAUAGGGUGGAUGAGGAUUCUUAACACAUAUGGAUCGGCCAAGGAAGAAGGCCAGAUUGGCUCGGCUAAGGUGAUCGCCUCCUCCAAGCUGGCCCAACUUUGGUUGUGUCAUGCCAUCAAUGCGGGCUUGGAUUCUCCUAAGGCGGAGGAGUAUGUGGGCCGGUUGGAGCAGCUGGUUUCACAGUACAGGACUAAGGACACGUCCGCUUUGUGGGUCGCGGCGCGGGCUUGGGCGAUUUCUCUGGGUGUGUGGUACUGCUUGAUCGGCCAACAUGAUGACGCGCGGGCUUUGCUCACUCCAUCCGUCAAACAGGCUAUACAAAUCUUAUCCGAUGAUGACCCGGAGAACGAUGACGCAGGAUUAACAGAUUUGCAAAAUGCUUUGCUCGCUGCCGGUGAUGCCAAGAAUGUGAUUACGAUUGCUUAUGCUCUCGGAUGA